UAGUCAAAUGGGUCAUAAAUAAGGCUCGGACAUAAUGUUUGCGUAAGAAAGCAAUGCAACGACGCUGAUUGUUAAGUCUAACGCAUAAAGGGAAAGUUAUUGUGUUGUGGAACACACGCGCGACACAGUGCCCGUUAGAUUUGUCUGAUUUUAGCACCAGCUGUCUUACUGCGUCAAGGUGACUGUCGGAGGCCGCCUAUAACUUGCCUCCAUACCAGUUUCGCUUAUUUAAUUAAUGUGAUUCAACUUGUCACAUUACGUUGCGUAAUCAGUGCAGCGAAAUCAAUACACUCAGUCCGUAUUUGUCUCGAUAAACGUAACAAUGGGAAUAUUGCUCCGUGUCUUAUGCUUGAUUGCUGUUGUGGCGCCAUCUUUGACAUUUCCGUAUGAUCCUGAAGACGAUGAAAUAAAAAGUGUGCUGCCAUCUACUGGAAAGUUUGAAGCUUUUUAUCCUAGAGAAGCUCAUGGCAUACCAAAUGGUUCGUCACGUCCUGCGCAUGGGCACGGUAGUUUUUACAAACACCGUAAUCCGGCGCUGGUUGAUGUAAAAAAUUCCGCAGCAUAUGGCUUCCGGUUUGAUGGUAUGAGGAGAUUCAAUUUCGAUGAUGAAUGAAUUUUAUUAGAGAAACAGUAAAAAACGUGUUAAUUUUA